CUGCAUCACUGUGAUUUCACAAAGUUUUUCUGUCCAACAAGUUUCCAAUAAAUGGUUUGUCUAAUAAUUGAGUAGGUUGCUGUUACAUGUUCAAUUACCAUGUAAUGGAAAAACAAAAUUGAGCUUAGAUUGAUUUACUUUGAGGAAAUGUGAUUCCAUUAGGAGAGUAUUGUCCCUAUACAUUCACAAGUAAAACACUGUAUGUCGUUAAGAAGUCAGAGAAUAGAAGAGAAACAAACCCAGUCUGUCAGCUUGAUGUUGUGAGCAGUUGCAAUUCUAAACUGCAUUAAAAAUGUAAAAAAUAAUCCAAAAAUAAAAUAAUAUUCUUUAUGCAUUCACCUGGUCACCCUUUCUGACCUACUGUAUCCUUUUAUUACUGCAAUCAAUCAGAGAGGACCUUGACCCAUCUGUUAAUCAGUGCAUUGUACUUUAGUCUGUACUCCUCCUUUUUCACCUUCUGGCUCCCAUAUCAUAUGAUGAUCUGACCAAUCUAGAGUACCUGGACCAUGUUAUUAAUGAGUCAAUGCGCUUGUUUACUAAUGUACCACGGCUUAAUAGGAUGUGUAAAACACCUGUCCAGGUCCACGGCCUCAACAUCCCUGAAGGAACCAUUGUUGCGAUUCCUCUGAACAUUGUACACAUGCACCCACGAUUUUGGAGUUCACCUGAGAAGUUCAGACCAGAGAGGUUCAGUAAAGACAGCGGUGAGGAAGUGAACCCAUAUGCAUUCAUGCCGGUUGGGCUCGGUCCUCGUAAUUGCGUCGGGAUGCGUUAUGCCAUCCUCACUCUGAAGUUGGUUCUUGUCCGUCUCCUGCAGAGUUACUCUUUGGAAACAUGCAAAGACACCAUGAUUCCUUUGGAGUUUGACUGGAAGUUUCAGCCAUCAAAGCCAAUAAGCUCAGUUUUGUCCCCAGACAACAGUAGUUCAAGACAGAGCAUCUCCAAACAUACCAAUACUUCUGAGUUCCUGUCAAACUCAAAACACAGUAUGGAUGUUUUAUUUUCUUUGUUUACAAUCAAAUUAAGAUUAAGAUUUACUUUUAUUGAUCCCUGCAAGGGGAAAUUUCAGUUUUUACACUCUGUAAGUCAUGCAACACACACAUAGGCUGAAAUAUACACACACGGCACAAACAGGAUCCUAUGGACAUGCACUAAUAGAGAGAUGUCAGAGUGACGGAGCUGCCCACAGCGGGGCGCUCCUGGGCUGAUGGUGGGGAGGGGGUUUGGUGCCCUCCCUCCUGUUUCCAACCCAAGUCCCUACAGACUGAGCUACUGCCGCCCCCAAAAUAUUACAAUGUUACAAUUCACUUAGCAGACGCUUUUAUCCAAAGCGACGUACAUCAAAGAGUAAGUACUAAUCCAUUCAUACACCGCCACCGAAGCAGCGGGAGCAAUCAUUAAAUGUCUUGCCCAAGGACAUAUUGGACAUGUUGCUCAACGAUCGAACCCUCAACCUUCCGGUUGAGAGAUGACGACUCUACUAACUGAGCCACAGCCGCCAAAUGUUACUUUCUUAUUCUAAUGUUGUUUCUUUUGAUAAUACAGUAGGUCUGUAUGAUUUUCCUUAAAGCAGUUAGUGAUAAACUUUGAGUGUCUUUUAUGAUAAAUGAAAGUUGAUGGAUCCAUGACAACGCACAAUACCUGUGUAAGAAAAUAGCAUACCGGACUCCUUCAAGAUUCAGUCAUAAUAAAUCUGACAUUUGCAAGAAAAUGUACAAUAAACGGAUACAAACACUG